CCUCUAAGACUCGCUGUAGAUAAGCGACUUCACUUGAUUUACUGUUCUGUCAUGCGUGCUCCUCUCUUGACCAGAGGGGUCUCAGUCACCAUGGAGGACCGGCACCCCAAAGAGACCAUGGAGCAGCAGGAUCCGUCCAAGGAGAGAAGUCCCCAAAGUCCGGGAGGUGACAUCUGCCACUUGGGGGCACUACAGUGCACCCGCUGCCUCAUCACCUUCGCAGACUCCAAGUUCCAGGAGCGUCACAUGAAGCGGGAGCACCCAGCGGACUUCGUGGCCCAGAAGCUGCAGGGGGUCCUCUUCAUCUGCUUCACGUGCGCCCGCUCCUUCCCCUCCUCCAAGGCCCUGAUCACCCACCAGCGCAGCCACGGUCCGGCGGCCAGGCCCUCCCAGCCGGUUGCGCCCACCACCACGCCACCCACCUUCCCCUGUCCUGACUGUGGCAAGACCUUUGGGCAGGCCGCUUCUCUGAGGCGGCAUCGCCAGGCGCACGAGGCCCACCCCUUUCCUGGCCCCUUCGCCUGCACUGAGUGCGGGCAGGACUUUGCCCAGGAAGCAGGGCUGCAUCAGCACUACAUCCGGCAUGCCCGGGGGGAGCUCUGAGUGUGGCUCCAGCCCUCCCUACGGCAAUGGAAGCUCUGUGGCUGGUGGGACACCCAUCUGAUAUGGGAUGGGAGGGAUUUACUUUCCUCCCUGGAAAGGCAAAGGACUCCUGAUCAGUAGGACCCAGAAGAUGCUCAUUUAGAGCUUCCGUCCUUGGAGGGCACAAAAAGCCUUCAGGGAAACAGUAAAAUCAAACAGUGAGAAAGAAAGAAAGAGGGAAAUUUGUUAUUUGUAUCUUCCUCGUUCCCAAUUAAAUAGUUUGAAAU